GCCAACGAAAAAAUCCGCGACUUUUUCAGCAGUUAAAACAUCGCGCAAAUAAAAAGAAAACGAGCAAGAACAGAACAACAACACCGUGAACUUUCCGGAUUGCAGAAACCAAUCUCUUCCUUCAACAGUGUCUCUCUCUCUGGUGGACCCUUCCUCGUAUGCYACAAGCAGUUGGAUUUCAAAAUUCUUACCAUUGCAAUUGGAAUAAAAGUCCAGAUGUCCCAAUUUGAAGACGCAAAAGACGUCGAAAGACCCAMCGCUGAUGAACUCGAAGGAUACGUUCUCUACGACGAAGACGACGAAGAUGACGACGACGAUUAUUACUACGACGAAGACGACAAUCCAAUUGGUGGUGGCGGCGGCGGCGGUGGAGGAGGAGGUGGAGCUUCCAAAAUGAAAAAUAUCAAUAUUUCGGGUGCGAAUACAAAAAUGAAUUUCUCUCAUUCCGUCUCAAACACCGUGAGCAAGAUGCAAUCCAUCGAGGUAAAAAAACGAACUCUCCACACAUCUCGUGAUGACCGGGCAACUUCCGAACAGUGUCUUGAUCCGAGGACGCGGUUGAUGCUGUUCAAGAUGCUGAGCAAUGGGAUUCUUGAUAAAAUAGAUGGAUGUCUCAGUACCGGAAAAGAAGCCAAUGUAUACUACGCCAAGGCAGGGAAAAAGGCAGCCCAAUUCAAAUUAGCAAAAGGAAAGAAAAACGACAACGAUGAACCAAUUCUGAAUAUGAAUACAGCUAUUGGCGACGUGAAGGAAUUCGCCAUCAAGAUUUACAAGACCAGUAUUUUGGUCUUCAAAGACCGCGACAAGUAUGUGUCGGGAGAACAUCGAUGGCGCAAGGGAUAUUGCAAAAGCAAUCCGCGAAAGAUGGUGAAAGUCUGGGCCGAAAAGGAGCUGCGCAACUACCGGCGCAUUCACGCCGCAGGAAUUCCCUGUCCCACCCCAAUCUUUCUGAAAGCCCACAUUCUAUUGAUGGAGUUUUUGGGCGAAAAUGGAUGGCCGAGUCCRCGCUUGAAGGAUGCCCAGCUGAGCGAAAAACACAUGCGGGAAGCAUACGUCCAGACAAUACUGAUCAUGCGACACAUGUACCAGAGAUGCAAGCUAGUUCACGGAGAUUUGAGCGAAUAUAACCUUUUGUGGCACAAGAAACAAAUAUACGUCAUCGACGUCAGUCAGUCGGUCGAAACAGAUCAUCCAGCCGCGUUGGACUUUUUGAGAAAAGAUGCUUCCAAUGUGAAUGAUUAUUUUGCGAAGGUUGGCAACCUCAACGUGAUGACAACCCGGCAGCUCUUUGAGUUCAUUACRACUGUGAUCCCAACAGAAAAAAACACUCACGAAAGGAGCGAAGAUGCCGAAGCAGCUGCAGAAAUGAAUUAUCUGGAAGACGUAAUGAAAGAAGUCGAGGCUUCCUUCAAGGAGAUGUCAACAAAAUCCAUCCAAGAAAGGCGAAAAAACGACCAACAAAACCUUGUCGACGAGGCUGUCUUCAUGAGCAGUUUUUUGCCUCGAAGCUUGAAUCAGGUUGCAGAUUACGACAUUAAGCAGAUAGARAAGGGAAAUGUCGAGGAGACGUAUGCACACGCGGUUGCGGCGUUGACCGGGAACCAAGAUGUGGUAGAAAACUACAAGAAUUACAAGGCGGGAGAAGGUCUUUCCUCGCAAGCCAAAGAAGUUGGCGGUGACGCCAACAAUUCCGACGCAACCGACGAAGAGAACCCUGCCGGUGACAGCGACAGCGACGACGAACCACGCUUCGUGAAAGUUCCUAGAACUAAAGAACAGCUCGAUGCAGAAAAGGCCGCCCUGAGGGCUUCUCGAAAAGCAAACAAGAAAGCAGUCAAAGAAGACAAAGCCGAGAAACGUCUGACAAAGAUAAAGAAGAAGGAUAAAAAGAGAGCUAUMAAAAAAGCCAAGGCCGGCAAUCGCGCAAGGUAGAUAUUGUCUGAGCUCGAACGAAUCAAGCGAGCGACAGAAUGAUUAUUUUAGCACACG